AUCCAUGAUCACAACCUCACAAGGUUUCUAUAAUUGGAAUCGGGGAUCGAAUCGGUCAAAUACCGAUUCCGAUCAAAUCGGCCUUUCUUCUAGACCUCUCUUCUCUGGGAUUCCAGCUCCGCUCUCCUGCGCUGUCUGUAUAGGGGGACUGGGGAGUUCUUCGCAUUCUCAAAUUUAGUCUUCCCAGCCACAACUGAGUGAAGCUUCUCCUUUGCCGUCAGAGACUCACUCUCACUGUGUCACUGCUCUCCUCGGCACUUUCUCUCUCUCAAAACGCACACAAUCCAAAUAUGCAACAGGGCGGAGGAUCGGAGACCGAAGUCACAUGGGAGGAUCAGCAGAAUAUAAACAAAUUCGGAAGAUUAAACAACAGAUUUCACGAUCUUGAGGACGAGAUCAGGAUUGCUAAAGAAACCAAUGAGAAUCUGGAAGAUGCUGGCAAUGAGUUGAUCCUCACAGAUGAGGAGGUUGUGAGGUUCCAGAUAGGGGAGGUUUUUGCUCAUAUGCCAAAAGAAGAGGUAGAAAGCAGGAUCGAACAGAUGAAAGAGGUGACUUGUAAGAACUUGGAGAAGCUGGAGGAAGAGAAGGAUUCAGUGCUUGCUCAGAUGGCUGAACUAAAGAAGAUUCUGUAUGGAAAAUUCAAGGACUCUAUCAACUUGGAGGAGGAGUGAUCUGGUACUUGUUGCCGCUUCCCUCUCAGUUUUCUUUUCAUGACUGUGGGAUGAAAACAGUGUUUUCCUUGUGAAAUUUAUUUUGUUUGAAUUGAUCGAUAUAUCUUUAAAUA